AUGGAACGCGAGGAUGACGACUACGCGGCGAUCUGGGACAUGACGCUCAUGUCCAUGACGUGGUACAUGCUGGUAUCACUCGGCUUCUCGAUUGCCAACCUUCGACGCCGUCGUCCCGAUGGGCAGGGCGCAUCACUCUCGGGAGCGUAUAGGCGGCCGAUCCGCCACCGGGCCUGGGCCGGGCGGGGUCGGCCGAUAAAGAGGUGGUCGAGGGGCAGAGGUUUAGUAGAUGAGCCUAACGAUAUAGCCCGUCAGGCUUCGUCGGCUACAGAUAUCCCGUCAACUUCUUCUUCAAGGCCGUCGACUUCACAGAGACCUGGAUAUAUGCCAGAGAUGUUCGCACAUUAUGAUCCUUGGUCAUCAUUUCCACAGGUGCCAGUUAGUGAUCUACAUAUGGGAGACGGACAUGAGGACUUAGACUUGGAGAUUAUUUUCGAUGAGUACUUUCUUCGUCCUACAGCCAGGCCUACGGCACCAUCUGCAUCUCCGGCUCCGCGGGCUGCUCAGGAGCCCUCUCACAUGUCAUCUCAGGAGCCCGUCGACACAUAUGUUCAUUCUUCUGCGCCUGUGGACCCGUCUCCUCUUGUUCAGAUUGACCCGUCUCCACCUCCAGCUACAGCUCCGGGUAGCGCUCAGGAGACCGUUGAGGAGCCAGCUAAGGAGCCCUCUAACCAGCCAUCUCGAGAGGCCGUCGACACACAUGUUUAUGUUUUUACAAUGAAAUAA